AAGAGACUUAUCUCUUUUUUUGAUGUGCCGUCCAUAAUUGAGAUCUACCAUGUAGAUGUAAAGGUAGACACUUGAGGUUGACAGAAGCAAUAGUCAUGCCCAUCAAAAAGUCACGCGCAUUGAAGGGGCAUGCGCGCUUGUCGGAUUGACAACCGAAAGGCCUGCACACCGAGAAGCAUUACUGGAAGGAUGGAGGCGGGUCACUGCCAGUCUGAACUGGUUUCGGAGUCAGGCUACUGGGUCGUUGGCACCAAUCGGAGUACUGCUGGUCGGCGGAUCCGUCGCCAGUGGAAAGAUCUCUGUCUGGUCUGGUCGCAAUUGGAGCACUGCUGGUCGGCGGAGCACUGUUGGCCGGCGAAGCUGGUAUCGCCGACCGCAGGGACAGCGACUCCCUUGACCCCCAUCAAAUUUGGAGUUGUUACCAAAUCUGAAGUUGCUGUUGUUGAACCCCAUUGGUCGUCGCGUCCGUACGGUCUACGCCGGUGGAUCGUUGCCGGCCAGAAGCAAGAGGCAAAUAUGUAGCAGAUCUACGGCGAGGCUCUCCCGUCGUGCUUCGAAGCCGGCGCUUGGUGGUGGUUCGAAGAUCUGUGCGCGGAAUCAAGAUCUGGCCGGCGAUGGAUGGUGGCUCAAAGAUCUGGACCUUCCUAGCGGUGGCGAUGGCCGGCGAACUCAAUCCGGUACCUCCUCAGCAAAUCUACGGCGAGGUGCGCCCAUCCAAGCCGGCGGGGGUCUUCCGUGUGCCAACGACAGAUCUGGUCGGCGAUGGGUGGGGAAUCCAAGACCAGUGGCCGAAUCCCACCACGAAGAUUUGGAAGAAUCACUCCGUUUUUUUUGUUUUUGGAGCACGCUUGAUGUGUUUGCACUCUCAACGAGAGCACCAAUGUUGGGUUCAGAGAACCCGGGGGCCUAGGAAGCUAGGCGGAAGAGUAUCAAACUGAUUCAAGAGUGCACAAAUAUGGGGUCAAGUAAACUAAGAGUAUUAUUGUGCUAGUUAGAACGUAAUUUGGAACGUGUGAUGAAUGAGCUCCCUUUCCCCCCUUUCCUCUUCCAAGAAGAGGGGUAUAUAUAAGGGGAGAGUUAGGGCUAGGGUUUACAUACAAAGACCAAUGGGCCGGCCCAACAGGCUGGGCCGCCUUAAAUAAGUAAUUAAUGAACGACUAACGGACCG